AUGGGUCACAUCAAGCUGACAGAUUUCGGGUUGUCGAAAAUUGGUCUCAUGAAUCGAACAACCUUGGUAGCUGAAGGUUUUGAAAACGCGAUCGAUACUCAGCAGUUUAAAGACAAGCAACUUUGUGGUACUCCUGAGUACAUCGCACCUGAAGUGAUUCUGCGUCAGGGUUACGGUAAACCGGUGGAUUGGUGGGCACUGGGUGUGAUUUUGUACGAGUUUCUUGUCGGUUGUGUACCAUUUUUCGGAGAUUCGCCAGAGGACCUGUUCUCCAAAGUGAUAUCAGGAGCCAUUAUCGGCGCCCCUCAGCUAAUGGCGCAUCCGUUCUUCGCAUCACUAGACUUCAACACGCUUCUUCGCCAAAAAGCUGAGUUUGUACCGCAGCUGGAGAAUGAAGAAGAUACAAGCUAUUUCGACAGUGAGUACAAUAUCGCUAAUACUCGUAACCUAUGA